AUGAGCGGCGCCCGCCAAAAGGGAGCACAUCUUAGGCUCGUUCAUUUGUGUGACGCUAUCUACGCUAUCGAGGACUGCGCGAACACGGAUUGCUGGAGUGAGGUUACCAGCCGCGUGACGGAGCACUGCAUAACUCGAGUGCACAACACAGGCUCGAACACCGCACCCUUCCCUCCUGCGAGGAACGGUCGAAAGAUUAAAGCCUCCAUGAUGGCCGGAGCACAUGGGGUGCAUUUCACCGGAAGGCCCAUUUUCAUGAACGUGGCCGCUGACUUGGUUCUCAACGGAGCAACCGUCGAAGGCGUCCAUUUUCGUGACGCCAUAGAAGGGUCGGAAGGAGAGGAGAUAGAAGUGGACUACCUUGAACAUUCGAGCGGCCUGAGGAUGGAUGGGAGUGGUCAACAUGUAAAUGUCGGCGGGGCUGUCAGGUAUAUUCCCGCUGGUCAACAUGGUGUUGCUCCGGUGUCCUCUCGAGUGCAGAAGGCGGACAUCAACGCGCACAUGUUCAAAAAUCUCAGAGACUCCGAGAUCAACGGCGGACAGUUUACAAAUGUUGCAGGAAACAUGGACUACGUCGGAGCUUCCGAAUCUGCCCCGUCCCACUCGCAAGGAAUUACAGCGCCAGAUACUUAUGACAGACGACGAACUUGA